CCAGUCAGUGGGGGGCAAUAAUGCACUCGAAAGUUGUUUUCUAACCACCAUUCAUUUCAAGUGAAGAAGAACAAACCACAGUGACAGCCAUGACAGCAGAAGAAGAAGAAGAGCAAUUCGUUCUGCAAAUGGCGGGUGCUUUGAAAGAAAAACAACUUGUGCGACAUGUUUAUGCUGCGUUGCAGGCUGCGUCCUGUCCAUUGGUGGAAGGUCUGUACCUACAGGAAGCAGACAGCAUGCUGCAACUGCUGUGUACUCCCUCUCAGCACCGCACUGACAUACUGGCAUGGAUCUGCAGCAGUAUCAACCCAAACCUUGCCAAUUCCAAGACGAUAGCAAUGGGAUUCAAAGGCCCAGAUGUUUUAACCAAAGAAAUGGCUGUCCUUGGGCAGGAGCUGAUGCUGUGCAAAGCAGAUGACCUGGACCUGAUCAGGGGUAAUGUGAGUCCUUACUCACAGCUUCGGUUCCUCGAGCAGCUUUUAACUUUAAUACCUGGCUGCAAGGAGUCUGCUGUGCACAGGGCGGAUCAAGAGAUGCUACUGAACGAGCUCUUCGCCGCCGAGAAUCUGCCCAACUUCACACAAAUGCUCAAACCCACACUUGACCCGUGGCCUGCACACAUCAAGGCUUUACACAUGGCCAACAAGUCAUCCUGUAAGCCAAGUAGAGAAGGGGCUGCUGAUGUUACCGCCCUUCUACAGCUGACUCAGUCAACACUGGAGCAGCUAAAGUCAGAGUGUGAAUUCCUGAGCAGUGAUGCUCAGAGUCCUGGCGUCCUCUCUCCGAGCUCGUUGCGUGUGGCGGCGUGCGACCUCCAGGUGUUGAUGGCUACUUUCUGCCGUGUUUUUGAAACGGACUUGAGAUCUUACUGCAGCAGAGAUCCCCCCAGCUUCAGUACAGAGACCGACGUCUUCCAGAGAAUACACCAACUACUGCUGGCCUUCAUCACGGAGCUGGAAAUGCUUAAGGAAGUAUCAGAAGCUUCAGUAGCCAUGAAUGAGGACGUAAACAAGCUACAAACACAGCCUCGCUACUGGAGCCGAGGAGAUAAUCGUAACUUGCCCGACCAAUUGGAGGAACUUACGAGGCGAAUUAGAGACUUUUCUUCCCUGCUUCAUUCCUGAUGGCAUCCUUAACACCAUGCAGUGCACGCACACACGCGGUCUAAAAACAUCAAAUGUUGUUUGACUGCUGGAGUGAGCAAAGCCCUUAACAGAAUGAUGUAAUAAUGGGAGAGUCUGAUCUAUUGUUGUUACAAUUUUAAAGUUUGUUGUUUGAUUUUACAAAGGUUAAACAGUCAACGGCAUCAGUUGCUCUGAAAUGUUUUAGCAGAACUCCUCUUCGUGUAUCUGUUGUAGAACUAAAACUGUUUAUUACUCUUAACUUCAGUAUGACUGAGAUGUUGGGCAGGUUUUUUGUAAUCAUUCACAUAAUACUAGCAACACUUUAUUCCAUGUAGUUAACAUGGAUUUUUUUUUAAAGAUUAUUUUUGGCCAUUUCCACCUUUUAAUGGAUAGGAAAGCUAGAUAUGAAAGGGG